AUUUCCCUAUAUAUACCCCUCCCAUUUCUCCUCAACCUCUCACUUUAUACCCUCUCUCAAAACCCUCCUCAACUCUCUCCCAAUCUCUCCCACAUUAUCUCUCAUUACCAUGUGUCCAACAGGCAGCAACACUAGCAUCUCUUCAACCAGAAAGCCCGGCCUCCGGUCCGCAUUCGAAGUCCUCGACGUAGACCACGAUGGCAAGAUCAGCCGCGACGAUCUCUCCACAUUCUAUGCCCACAAAAUAUCACCAUCUUCAUCAGCUGAAGAUGAUGACGCCAUAGGCUCAAUGAUGACAGUGGCCGACUCCAACAAGAAUGGCUACGUGGAAUUCGAUGAGUUCGAGAAGGUUCUGCAAGGAGAUCGAAAGGAGAGGAAUAACAAGAAGAAUGGAGUGAUGGAAGAAGUUUUUAGAGUCAUGGAUAGAGAUGGAGAUGGCAAAGUGGGUCAUCAAGAUCUCAAGAGUUAUUUGAGUUUGACUGGUUUUGAGGCCUCGGAUGAUGAUAUUAAGGCUAUGAUUAGAUUGGGUGGGGGCGAUGAUGGGGUUAAUUUUGAUGGGCUUUGUAAGAUUUUGGCUGUUUGAUUUUGUCAUGUAUAGCUUGAUCAUGAAUUGAUGAUGAUGAUAAAAGGUUUUUGAGUUUUUGUGUUUUGUUUGAGUUGCAGUUCAUGGUUUUCAUGAAAAUUUUUGCACUUUUGGUGGAUGUUAAAGGCCAGGUUUUAUGAACAAUGCUUAUUUGUUGUUUGA